CAACAUAAGCUUUGUGAAUAGUAUUUGUGAACGUUGGUACGAUAAGCCCGCGAAAAGUCCUAACCCAGUCCUGCCCGCGAAAAACACACUAACAGUUCGGAGUAAUAUUACAACAAACGUGUUCCGAAGUAUUCUGUGUAGUCCCGUGUCCAUCGUGUUGAUUGUGUUAAAGUAGUUGAAGUAACGUGUGUAUACUAAUAAGUGGCACAUAUUAUUAUCGGGUAGUACUUACGUACCCCUCAAGAUGACAUCCCGUUCUUCUCUUGGAGAGGAACUUGUUGAAAAUUUCCAACUUUUGUUGCAGUUUUAUCCAAAUGACGAUUGUGCGUCUGUUGUUAAAGAGAAUAUGCUGUCCUUACCAGAUAAGCGAACAUUUCAGAAUGUAAUGAAGUUCGUUUUUGAUAUCCUCAAACCAAGUUGGCGUUCUGAGAUUUCAAGUCGCUUUAUUACACCACAGGAUGAAAGACAGUUUAAUAACAUGCUUUGUGAUCAUUUCAAAGCUCUGCGCAAGGUAAUAAGUAAGCCAUAUGGAUUGAAGCCAGAUGAAGAGAUAGACAAAGAUAUAUUGCAAGAAUUCAAAGACCUUACCAAGGAGUGUGAUAAUCUGAGACAACAAAUUCAGCAAAAGAAAGAGGAAAAUGAGCGAGCGGUUGCCCACCAGAUUGAAGUUCUGCAGCUCGUUGUGUCAACGGGCUAUUGGAAUGAAGGCAUAAAGAGAAGAUUUCUUGAUAUAAGUGACAAAAAUAUAAUUGCAGAAAUGAUUAAAAAGAAGGAUAAUUCAUUAAAUGAACUGAAAUACUUAAAAGAAAAACUACAACCUUAUUUUGUCCAUGUAUAUCAUAUUUAUAACAAAGUAGACUGUGCAUGUCAACCAGUAUUCAAUCUUCCAGAUGAAAAGGUUUCCAAAAUCAGCGACUUUCUUUGCGAAGUUGAUAGGAAUCGCAUAUGUGUUGACAUCAUGCAAUUGAAAUUAAUUUCGGCAGUGAAAAUACUGAAGAUAAAAUAUGCUAAAAGCAUUGAUCCAAAUGUCCAAUUUGAUGAACAUGUUCCAUCUGCCCUUAUUGAGAAAUUGGAGGAACUCGCCCGUGAUUGGAUGAAACUUAAGAAAAAACCUGUGAAAAUGGAUCUUGAGUCUUUAGCAGAAUGCGUUGUGCCUGCCAAGGUUUGUGCGUCUCCAGUUCGUAUUAUCCCAACCCAAAUCGUGAGUGAUCAGUUUGAGAAGCCUAAAUCGAAUGAAACUAUAAUGGCAGUAGUUGAAAGAAUGCGUUCUCGAAUGGCAGAAACGCCAAGCAAAUUUGCAACACAAAGAUUCAAUUCAUCUGACUUAAAGACUUCUUUCCCAUCGCUUUGUUCAACUACUGGCCCUCCCUUACAUUACCCAAUGUCAGCCUUAAAAUUUGAGAAUAGUACACCAGUCUCAAAAAGUCAAGUACCAAUUUUGUCUCGUACUACUGGUAGAAGACAAAGUAUGGGUUUUGCAAAGCCGGCAAAUUGCUUGGUUCGAAGGCAGUUGGCUUGUACACCCUUGACUAAAAUAAAACCUCCUACCACUUCUGAAAAACCUAAGUCUGUAACUGGAACUAAUGUAGACAAGAUUUUAGAUAAGCUUGUUCAGCAAUUGGUGGAAGACAAAAAUAACGAAAGUUUUGAUUCAGACAGUCUCGCAGAUGACUUGGACUUAUCAUUGAGUGGUGUAGAACGCAUACAAUAUCCCUGUGGUGGAAAUGAAUUCCCAAUACAGAUUAAUAGUAAUCAUAAAACGGGUCUGCCAAGUACUCAAGCAGAACAUACUGUGCCCCUUCUGGAACAUCCCAUAUUAUCAGAAGUAAUUGAAGAUGAUAGAGAACUUUCUGCUCUAAUUAACAGUAUAUGUGAGGAUGAAUGUCCAAACUCUCAAGAUUUGGAUGAAAAAGAACAACUAGAUAUCUUUUUAAGUGACAAAGAAAUAUCAAAAAUAUAUGAUUCACAGCAGAAGUCGCAAAGAAAGCCAGAAGUUGCGAAGAAAACUGGAAGGCCAUCUCUAGAUUUACUGAUUGAAAGAUUUAAUGCAAUUAAAAAAGGAGAACAACAAACUUAGAUGCUGGGACUGCAACAUUGGAGGUGUACGGAGUGGUUAACUACAGUGCACACGGGUUGUGUGAAUCCAUGACGUGCAGAAACUAGUAAACAUCAUUUGGGGGACAGUGAGUGAACAACAGUUGAGUUAACACUUUAUUGAUUGUUCAGCUUCUUUU